AUGAAUUACACACACCUUGCCCCGAACUCGGCAACUGAGUCUAUAAGAGACCACCCUGCGUCGAGUCAUGAUUUCCAAAGCAGACCACAAACUCCAAUGGGGCCUGUAGUUGCCAAUAUUGAGCCAGGGCGAAAGCCUCGGAAGCUCAUUUUGUGUUUCGACGGAACUGGCAACAAGUUUCACGGCGAUGAUAGCGACAGUAACAUCCUCAAGAUCUUUCGAAUGCUGGAUCGUGAAGCGGACGACCAGUAUCACUACUACCAACCUGGUAUUGGCACAUAUGUGAUUUCUGGAUCGCUCACCCAUACUGGUAUCAAGGCUCGCUUCAGUUCUUGGUACCAAAAAGCCAAGGAUUCAGCGAUCGGCUCCUCGUUUGAUCAGCAUGUCGUAGGAGGCUACCGAUUCUUGAUGCGGUUUUAUAACCCCGGCGAUGAGAUUUAUAUGUUCGGCUUCAGUCGAGGGGCAUACAUCGCUCGCUUUUUGGCUGAGAUGCUUGAUUACAUCGGGCUCUUGUCCCACGGCAACGAAGAAAUGGUCAAGUUUGCUUGGAAGGCGUUUGCUCAAUGGCAAGGUCGUGAGCAAGUACCCGAGGACGACGAAGAAGGUUGCAAGAAGGAGCCCGACAAGAGAACCGAAAGAAUAAAGCAGAAGAGAGAAGAAAUGUUUCGGUUCAUGAAGGGGUUCCGAGAGACGUUCUCUCGUCCUGUUGGCCGCAUUCGUUUCCUCGGUCUAUUCGACACCGUCAACUCGGUACCUAGUUUUGAAACGGCCUGGAUGCAGCGUAGCAAGUUUCCCUACACUGCACGAAGUAGUGCUAGAGUUAUUCGUCACGCUGUCAGUAUUGACGAGCGGCGAGCCAAGUUUCGCCAGGAUCUUAUGUACCAAGGUCGACCAUCGAAGAACGAAAACGAGCAUCACCACCUUCACAAGGCCAUGAACGACAUUCGUGAAGAAUUUCACGGGCACGAAGAGAGAGGAAGAACCGGAAAUUAUCUUUCACCAAACGACAAGCGAAGCGGGAAAAAGAAGGGAGGAGAAUUCGCCCCGUAUCGAGCUCGUUCUAGGUCAUGUCGAAGACCAAGCCAAUGUGGAGAUCCAGAGACAUUCUCCAACCUUUCUGGACUGGCACUUUCCGAAAUCAACAACAUCGACGAUGAUGAUGCUCAAGAUAUCGAUGAGGUCUGGUUCUCGGGAGGGCACGCUGAUGUCGGUGGAGGUUGGGAGAUCCACGAAGGUAGCAAGAGCACGAGUCACAUCCCUCUGGCGUGGAUUGUGAGAGAAGCACAAAAAGCUGGACUUCCAUUUGACAACCAGAAGGUUGCUGAGAUGGGAUGCUGCGUCAAUCACGACUGGGAGGCCGCCACAGGAAGACCACCCAUUCCUGAUCUCCGAGUUUCGAGCGGCAGCGGAAGCCCAGGUCAUGCACCAGACAUGCCCAUGGAUGAAAAGGAGGACGAUCCUAAAGAAAAGUUUCAUGGUGUCAUGCAUGGAGCCUGCACCGCUCGAAUCCACGACUCACUAGAGUAUGGACAAGGCUUGGGUGCCAUAGCUGUCACGGCUUGGAAGAUCAUGGAGUACAUGCCCUUCCGUAGAAUGGAUCUUCAGUCCGACGGAUCAUGGAAGCCAAUUCGUUGGCCCCUCCCUGGUGGUGAAGUUCGGGAUGUUCCCGACGCUGUUCGUGUACACGGAAGUGUCAUACGACGCAUGAAUAUGGACGAGAAAUAUCGUCCCGGAAAUCUUAUCAUCGGAGGUGGUGGUCGGGGCGUUAGAAAGGCUUCUGCGAAACAUGGUAUCGGUGAUUGGGAAUGCGUAGCUGAUCACGGUGACCCAGUUGGAGAGAUUUGGGUGAAAAAGAAGAAGGAUGACAGAUUACACGAUUAA